UACUUGCUGGGGCGAGGGGAUUAGAGUAGGGGUGGAGGGGUAGGAGGAUUUACUCUUUCUGCUAGAGCAUCGCGAGCCCGGUCCUCCUCCUCCCCCCUGCGCGGGCUCCGGCGUGGAGGCGGGGCGUGGCCGGCCUGCUUUGGGAGGGGAGGGGCUUGCCCCUUCUGUGCAGGGCUCUGCCUGGGCGGCUGUGGGGUCGCCCUACCUCGGGGCGUCCACUCUGCAGUCGAACAGUUCCCGCCGGGGAUAAAGGGUAGGAAGGAGAGCAGGAUCUGCUGGAGGAAACGCAGCUGCCGCGCCGCCACCACGACGCAGGCACGCCAGGCUUGGGGCACGAGGCGAGCUGGAGCCCUAGCUCAGUCUGGGUAACCUGGGAGGCAGAGGGUAGUCAGUGGAGCCUUAAGGUAACCCUGUAGCAGCAGUAGUGGCGGCCAAAGGAGGCUGCUCAGGGUACCAGCAGCUGUAGGAGCCUGUGGGGCGAUUGGAGUGACCGACGCCAAGGCAGUUCAGUGCCUCGCCUUCUUAUUUUCUAACCUCUGACUAUGCAAUUCUGAAACCUCCCCCGUUCGGGGGACCAGACAGCCCUACAGACACCGUCCACUUUCCUCCCGCCCUGGUCUCAAGAACAGAAGGAUCUCGCCCUAACGCCUUUCACCAUUAAGAGGAAAGCGAUGGAGGAGCUGAGCGCUGAUGAGAUCCGACGGAGGCGCCUUGCUCGACUUGCUGGUGGACAGACCUCCCAGCCGACCACCCCGCUCACCUCUCCCCAGAGGGAGAGCCCUCCGGGGCCUCCCAUCGCAGCUUCCGCCCCGGGCCCCUCCCAGAGUCUUGGUCUCAAUGUCCACAACAUGACCCCAGCUACCUCCCCAAUCGGUGCAUCAGGAGUAGCCCAUCGAAGCCAGAGCAGCGAAGGAGUCAGCUCUCUCAGCAGCUCGCCCUCCAAUAGCCUUGAAACACAAUCCCAGUCUCUCUCGCGUUCCCAGAGCAUGGACAUCGAUGGUGUCUCUUGUGAGAAAAGCAUGUCCCAGGUGGAUGUGGAUUCAGGAAUUGAAAAUAUGGAAGUUGAUGAAAAUGAUCGGAGAGAAAAAAGGAGCCUCAGCGAUAAGGAGCCUCCAUCAGGUUCUGAAGUGUCUGAAGAACAGGCCUUACAGCUGGUCUGUAAGAUCUUCCGUGUCUCCUGGAAGGACCGGGACAGAGACGUCAUCUUUCUUUCCUCCCUUUCUGCACAAUUUAAGCAGAACCCAAAAGAAGUGUUCUCUGAUUUUAAGGACUUGAUUGGCCAGAUUUUAAUGGAAGUGCUCAUGAUGUCCACUCAGACUAGAGAUGAAAACCCCUUUGCCAGCCUGACAGCCACGUCACAGCCGAUUGCAGCGGCAGCUCGGUCACCAGACAGAAAUCUCACGCUGAAUGCUGGCUCCAAUCCAGGAACAAGUCCCAUGUUCUGCAGUGUGGGUUCCUUCGGUGCCAGCUCUUUGUCUAGCCUCUAUGAAACUAGUCCAGCUCCCCACACGAGUCUCUGGAGCUCGGAGCCGAGGACGAGCCCGCCUCUCGCCUCCCCCUCCGGCGCAGCCAGCCGCGCGGCUGCGCCGGCCCUUUCCCUGAGCGCCCACGGCGCCGCCGCCUCCGGGACCGCGGCGGGAAGCCAGCCCUCGUCUCCGCGGUAUCGCCCCUACACUGUCGCCCACCCCGGGGGGGCUGCGGCUGCCCCUCCCCCGAGGCCCUCAGGCUGCUCCGCCCUGUGUAGCUCACCGCGUCUCCCCACCCUCGCUAGUAGCCCUCAAGCGGUGCCGGCCAGCUCCUCCCGACCGAGAGCCACCAGCACGGGGCCGCCUUUACUGUCCGCCUCGCCCAGUGCCGGGAGCAGACGUCCCUCCUCCCUGAGGACCUCCCCUAGUAUGUACGACAGUCCUUUCUCCUUCCUCUUCCUCGCACUUUCUGGGGACAGUAGUGAUGAAGAUGAAGAAGAAGAUGAUGAUGGUGAUGAUGAAGGUGGUGGUGGUGGUGAUGAGUUUUCUGGUGUCCAGUUUGGGUCCAGUUUGGGAGCCUGUGGUGGGGCAAGUACUUGGGAUUCCUACAGCGACCAUUUCGCCAUCGAGCCCUGCAAGGAGACAGACAUGCUGAACUACCUCAUCGAGUGUUUUGACCGAGUUGGAAUAGAGGAAAAAAAAGCACCAAAGAUGUGCAGCCAGCCAGCAGUCAGCCAGCUUCUGAGCAACAUCCGCUCCCAGUGCAUAUCCCAUACUGCAUUAGUACUACAAGGUUCUCUCACACAACCAAGGUCCAUGCAGCAGCCGUCCUUCCUGGUGCCGUACAUGCUCUGCAGGAACCUCCCGUAUGGCUUCAUUCAGGAGCUGGUGAGGACUACUCACCAGGACGAAGAAGUGUUCAAGCAGAUCUUUAUUCCCAUUUUACAAGGCCUGGCUCUUGCUGCCAAAGAGUGCUCCCUUGAUAGUGACUACUUCAAGUACCCUCUCAUGGCGUUAGGGGAGCUCUGUGAAACCAAGUUUGGGAAGACACACCCCGUGUGCAAUUUGGUCGCUUCUUUGCCGUUGUGGUUGCCGAAGUCCCUGAGCCCUGGCUCUGGGCGGGAGCUACAGAGACUCUCCUACCUGGGGGCUUUCUUUAGCUUCUCGGUCUUUGCAGAAGAUGAUGCUAAAGUGGUUGAAAAAUAUUUCUCAGGGCCUGCCAUUACCCUGGAAAACACUCGCGUGGUUAGCCAAUCAUUGCAACAUUACUUGGAGCUGGGAAGGCAAGAGCUUUUCAAGAUUCUGCAUAGUAUUUUGCUAAACGGUGAAACCCGCGAGGCUGCCCUUGGUUACAUGGCAGCUGUCGUCAAUGCCAACAUGAAAAAAGCGCAGAUGCAGACGGAUGACAGAUUGGUUUCUACGGACGGCUUUAUGCUGAAUUUCCUUUGGGUGCUGCAGCAGCUCAGUACAAAGAUCAAGCUGGAGACGGUUGACCCCACGUAUAUAUUCCACCCAAGGUGUCGGAUCACUCUUCCCCACGAUGAGACCCGAGUGAACGCCACCAUGGAGGAUGUGAACGACUGGCUGACUGAGCUUUAUGGAGACCAGCCUCCAUUUUCUGAGCCGAAGUUCCCCACGGAAUGCUUCUUUCUCACCCUGCACGCCCACCACCUCUCUAUUCUGCCAAGCUGCCGUCGCUAUAUCCGCAGACUCCGGGCCAUCCGGGAGCUCAAUAGAACCGUGGAAGAUUUGAAAAAUAAUGAAAGCCAAUGGAAAGAUUCCCCACUGGCAACUAGACACCGUGAAAUGCUGAAGCGCUGUAAAACUCAGCUUAAGAAACUGGUACGAUGCAAGGCCUGUGCGGACGCUGGCUUACUUGACGAGAGCUUCCUGAGAAGAUGUCUGAACUUCUAUGGCCUCCUCAUCCAGCUGCUGCUCCGCAUCCUGGACCCCGCCUACCCUGAUGUAACACUGCCUUUAAGUUCAGACGUCCCUAAGGUGUUUGCGGCAUUGCCCGAGUUUUAUGUAGAAGAUGUUGCUGAAUUUUUAUUUUUUAUUGUACAAUACUCUCCUCAGGUGCUUUAUGAGCCCUGCACUCAGGAUAUUGCGAUGUUCCUCGUUGUGAUGUUGUGCAACCAGAACUACAUUCGAAAUCCCUAUCUGGUGGCCAAGCUGGUAGAAGUCAUGUUUAUGACCAACCCCGCUGUUCAGCCACGAACCCAGAAGUUUUUUGAAAUGAUCGAGAACCAUCCUCUCUCCACUAAAUUGCUGGUCCCUUCCCUGAUGAAGUUUUAUACGGAUGUCGAGCACACCGGAGCUACCAGUGAGUUCUAUGACAAGUUCACCAUUCGCUAUCACAUUAGCACCAUUUUUAAAAGCCUUUGGCAAAACAUAGCUCACCAUGGCACCUUCAUGGAGGAGUUCAAUUCUGGGAAGCAGUUUGUUCGCUACAUAAACAUGCUGAUCAACGACACGACGUUUCUGCUCGACGAGAGCCUGGAGUCCCUGAAGCGCAUCCACGAGGCGCAGGAGGAGAUGAAGAACCGGGAGCGGUGGGAGCAGCUGCCCCGGGAGCAGCAGCAGGCCCGCCAGUCCCAGCUGGCUCAGGACGAGCGCGUCUCACGCUCCUAUCUCGCCCUGGCCACGGAGACCGUGGACAUGUUCCAUAUCCUCACCAAGCAGGUCCAGAAGCCGUUCCUCCGGCCGGAACUGGGACCUCGAUUGGCUGCAAUGCUGAACUUUAAUCUUCAGCAACUCUGUGGUCCCAAGUGCCGUGACCUGAAAGUUGAAAACCCAGAGAAGUACGGCUUUGAACCAAAGAAGCUGUUGGACCAGCUGACAGAUAUUUACCUGCAGCUGGAUUGCGCGCGGUUCGCUAAAGCCAUCGCCGACGACCAGAGAUCCUACAGCAAGGAGCUAUUCGAAGAGGUUAUUUCGAAGCUGCGGAAGGCAGGGAUCAAAUCCACAAUAGCGAUCGAGAAGUUCAAACUUCUCGCCGAGAAGGUGGAGGAGAUAGUGGCCAAGAACGCGCGUGCCGAGAUCGACUACAGCGAUGCUCCAGACGAGUUCAGAGACCCUCUGAUGGACACCCUGAUGACCGACCCGGUGCGGCUGCCCUCCGGCACCAUCAUGGACCGCUCCAUCAUCCUGCGGCACCUGCUGAACUCCCCCACCGACCCCUUCAACCGGCAGACGCUGACGGAGAGCAUGCUGGAACCAGUGCCAGAACUGAAAGACCAGAUUCACGCCUGGAUGAGAGAGAAACAGAACAGUGAUCACUAAACCGCGCCCCCCUGCUGCCUCUGCCGGAAGCAGCCAAGGCCAGCGAGGCAAGCAGGAGCUGCAUCGGUGGCGCGCUCGCCCUUCGCACGUGGCAGCUGGACGCGGCGAACCCACCGAGAGCCCUCCCAGAGCGACCACACGGUGGCCACCUGAACGGACAUGAAUGAGAAGAGGAGCCCAAUUCCUGUACAUAUAUUUAAGUGACAAACGUGGUCAAAAGCUUGAGGGACACAUUUUAUGAUUGAUUGCCUGUGUAAUGAAACACGUCCUUCCUAUGUCACAAUUGGGGGCUUUUGCAACGGGAGUUUUUAGUGAUUGAUGAUGAAUGGGUCUGGGCAGCACCCCCUCUUUUUUUUUUUUUCCCCUAAAUCCAAUAUCCAUUGAUUUGAUUGUGAUUAGAGAACCUUGGACAUUUUGCUGCUAAAGAAUCUUUCCCCCAACCCCCUUCCCUUCCUGACCCUAUUUGCACUGCUGUGGAUUUUUUUAUGAGAAGCAAAAACAAAAAUUAAUUCCUUUCCCUGGCCCUCCAAACAUAUAUUCUGUGAGAUAACUGUGCCUGCAACAAAGUGUUAAUCCUGGGGUCGUAUUUUUAUAUCAUAUUCACAUAUUUGUUUUUUUAAUUGGUGUUAGAUGACAUGAUUAAUAAAAAAGGCAAGAUAUUUUCAGAAUUUGAAUUUCAGUUAUUUUUUUUUCUUUUGAAACGUCCCUGUAAAAAUUUUUUUUAUUCUAAGCAAAACGAAGAGAAUCCUGUUGCUCUGGUCCUUGUCAUCAGCCCUCUCUUAGGAACCGAGGCGCAGCUGCCACCAAGGGAGGGUUUCAGUCUAUCAGGAGGCACGUGACAGGGUUCGGCGGGGAGGGUGGUGGUUUUAACGCUACGUGACAGUCGAAACCUUUUACAGGUAUCCUACGAGGGUAUGUAAAUUCCUCAACUCUUGAGUCUGUGCAUUCAAGGCAGGGCUCCUGUGUGUGACGUGUCCUUGGGGGCUUGGCCUUACCAAAGCAAAAAAAGGGAGCAAGACAUGCGAGGUCCGUCUGCUUGUAAAAACACACACAGGCAAACACACCCACACAUGAACACAGAAACACAAGACUUUCUGUAUUGCCGCUCCCUACUCCACAUACUUGAAGUCUCAGAUUCCCUUUGGGGUAAAAAAGGAUUUGAAACCAUAAAGUGUUUUGAAGAAAUUAAGUCUACAAAAACAUACUUUUUUUUUCUCUUCCUUUUUUCCCCCUUCCACAGACAAUGUCCUCUGUUCAAUUCCUAAUGCAAACUACAAUAAAUGGUGAUACACAUUUA